AUAUGUAGCUGUGAGACUCUACUGGUUGAAAGAAGACUUCAGAGUCGGAAAACAUUUAACUGCAAAGAAGGCCUCUUGUGAAGAGAGGGAGCUUUUUUAAAAUGACAGAUACUCAGUUUAUUUCGUGUUCAUCUAGAGCUUACAGUCCACGUGUUAUUGGGUAGGAAUAUCCACAAACAAUGUCUAUCAAGGGAAAAAAAGGUAGGAGGGUUGUAUCAGGGAGAUUUCAGUACUGAUGGAAAUGAAUGUUUAUUUUAAUCAGCUUGGGUACUUCUCUGACCCUUGUGUUUAUUUGAGGAUGCAAAAUGACUAAAUCUGAACGACAACCAUACUUUAUUGAUUUUGCAGAGUUAAGUGGAAGAUUUAUGAGGCACGGGAACUUCCAUCAGGUUUGGGAGAAAGUAGAGUCAAUGCAGAGAUGACAGACGGCUACUGAGCCCCAUGGACAGUCCCACCCUCACACUUCUCCAUCAGACUUUAAGCUUUACUAGUAAUAUGCUGCCUUUGCAAAAUGAAAAAAAACUAAUGCCAAGAAGGCAUAUUCUUCAAUAUUGGGAAUAGACGUGCUCUCAAGACAAUGGCUUCCAAGGUCUCCUGUUUGUAUGUUUUGACAGUUGUGUGCUGGGCCAGCGCUCUCUGGUACUUGAGUGUAACUCGCCCUACUUCUUCCUACACUGGCUCCAAGCCGUUCAGCCAUCUGACCGUGGCCAGGAAAAACUUCACCUUUGGCAACAUAAGAACUCGACCUAUAAACCCACAUUCUUUUGAAUUUCUUAUAAACGAGCCCAACAAAUGUGAGAAAAGCAUUCCUUUCCUUGUUAUCCUCAUCAGCACGACCCAUAAAGAAUUUGAUGCCCGCCAAGCGAUCCGAGAGACGUGGGGGGAUGAGAACAACUUUAAAGGGAUCAAGAUAGCCACGCUCUUCCUCCUGGGCAAGAAUGCUGACCCUGUUCUCAAUCAGAUGGUGGAGCAAGAGAGCCAGAUCUUUCACGACAUCAUCGUGGAGGACUUCAUUGAUUCCUACCAUAAUCUUACCCUCAAAACAUUAAUGGGGAUGAGAUGGGUGGCCACUUUUUGUUCAAAAGCCAAGUAUGUCAUGAAAACAGACAGUGACAUUUUUGUAAACAUGGACAACCUGAUUUAUAAACUGCUAAAACCCUCCACCAAACCAAGACGGAGAUAUUUUACUGGCUACGUCAUCAACGGAGGGCCCAUCCGGGACGUCCGCAGUAAGUGGUAUAUGCCCAGGGAUUUGUACCCGGACAGUAACUACCCACCAUUCUGCUCGGGGACCGGCUAUAUCUUCUCAGCCGAUGUGGCUGAGCUCAUUUACAAGACCUCACUCCACACAAGGCUGCUCCACCUUGAAGAUGUAUACGUGGGACUGUGUCUUCGCAAGCUGGGCAUACAUCCUUUCCAGAACAGUGGCUUCAAUCACUGGAAAAUGGCCUACAGUUUGUGUAGGUACCGCCGAGUUAUCACCGUGCAUCAGAUCUCGCCAGAAGAAAUGCACAGAAUCUGGAAUGACAUGUCAAGCAAGAAACAUCUCAGAUGUUAGGAUUUUUACCAGUGUAAAUACAUUUCUUUUCUUUUUUAAGAAAUGAGGCCUAGGGUGUAGGUGUUUUACAGGUGUCACCAGGGGAAGUGAACUGGUGAAGGGGUUUUGUAAAAAGUGCUUUUCUUCCCACUGCUAGUUCCUUUCUUGGAUUACCAAUCUACAAAUGUUAAGCUCUGGUCAGAGAAAUAAUACAUGAGUUAAAAGGGCCAGGUUUCAUUCUCAGGUCCUAAGGUAUUGCAUUUAUCUCAAAAAGCAACUUCCUAACAACCACUACGAUUUAUAUACAUCUGAGAUCAAAAAUCUGGUUCUGGGAAACUGGCACUCACGGUAAUGUCUUCAUAUCAUCUCUGCAAAAGGAAAUAAAUAAGUAAAUAACACUUUUUCAAACAUAAUUCAGACAUAAUGCACAGUCAGGGAGACACACUGGAUGUGAUUAUUAAUAUUGUUUGUGCUGUUUCAUUGAAUUUUUACCUGUAUUACCAUGGAAUGUGUACAGUAUUUGUAGUUCCAUCAAGAAAUGAACUUAGUGCUGGCAGGAAGGCUGCAGUUAAAUAAAUGGGAAUUUAAACUUGAGAAUCAAAUCUUCUCUAUGUUCGGAAGACAACUCUGCUUGCUCAUCCAAGAAUUAAACCUGGUCAGCGGGUGGAAUGUAUAUAAAAUGCUACUUAACAAAAUAAACAGGAGAUUUUUUUUUUUUGGCUCUUUCAGAACAAACAUAACCUGGUGCCUCCAAGGAGACUUUGCCAAAUGUAAUCUCACCUGCUUUCCCUCCAUACCAUGUUGCUAAACACAUUGGAAAGUUUCUGGCUCAAGCAGGCACAUGUGUAGAAGUAAGUUGAUAGGAGGCCAAAAGAACAAUAAAUACCAUGGAGAAAAUACAAAUUUAUACAUGCAUUAUAAUUAACACAAACUCAGCACCUUCCGUACAUUUGCAAAGCAUGUGAGAAAAUACUUUAAUGGGUAGCAAUGUUAUUGAAGGAUUUAGCCCUACUAUUGAUAGAUAUAAUCUCUCCAACAUCCAAAACAGCCAAGUAUCUCUAACAGUGAUGCUGUUGAGGGGUGUUCUGGAAGCUCUGUGAUUGAGGUUUAUGGAAAGGAAGGAUGGAUAAGUUUGGGUUCACAUUCUUGAUGCCAUCCCGUGGGUCACGUGAGCAGGCAUCCUCACCUGGCUGUGCUUCACUCUGCUCACUUAUAAAAAGGUUGGGAAAAACACCUACCUCACAGGUGCUGUGAGAGCAAAUCGCAUUUGUUAGUAUUUUGAGAUCCUUAGUUUCAAAGGUGCUACGUAAUGCAACGUAUCCUGUAUUAUGCUAAAUGCUAAAAUAAUCGCAUAAUCACAGUGAUGGUCACUAGGAGUAGUAACACCAUCUUAAUGUAAAAUCUGCCAAAAUAAAGAUCAGAUAUGAAUUAUUAGUGCACCUGAUUCUUCUAAGAUUUUGACUUUUCCUUGAGUAUGUUGGGUAUUUGGGUAAGCUUCAAUUUCUCUGUCAUUUCUUCUGGUUUCAAUGAAUCAGUUAUUACUUCAGUGCAUCGCCUUGCUAUCGCAGGGUGCUGGAAGGGAAAGCAGCUGCCUUUCUUUGGGGAGGAGCCUCUGGCUGGGGGUACAUUGCAGUCACUGAAGCACAUGCUUUGCAAAAUGUAUCACAUCAACUUAGAGCUCAGGAAACAUUUGAUCUGAAUUCUCAGUAAGAGCUUUGAGGACUGGUAGAACUAGUCUACCUCUAGCAGAAGACUAGACACUUGUCUAAGCCCUACACCACACAUUUCUGCUAUUCAUUAUAAAACUUCUGUUUCUUUUCAUUCAAAGAAAACUCCACAACUGAAAAAGCAUACUCUUUUUUUUAACCUGACUUUUGCAAGCUCCCCUAGCAGUUGAUAGCAAACAUGCAGACCAAAUGUACAAAUGGAAGUCAUGGCUUAUUUCUUGAAAACACUGGAUGUCUUCUCUCCAGCCCAAGAGAACCCAAUAGGAGACAGGCCUUCCUGUCCCUUAACUCAUCUUCAUCUCAAGUCAGCAGGACUGCUGGGUUUGAUUAGAAAACAGCAUUAGGUAGCCCGGGGAGAGAUGGAUCCGCACAAGGCGAGCCACCCUCCAACCCCCAACCCUCAACUGCUGUGAGUCCCAAUCACUGGGAAAGUCUCAUGACUUUGAACUUGGUUCGCCCGUCAAGCGUGUAGUUGAAUCAAGCCUCAGUCUCAUACCAACAUCUUGCAUUUACCUUAUGCUCAGUCAAGGCACCUUCAGUGUCGAGGAAUUGCACAUUAUUAGCAUUGUAUGUGUACAUCUGUGAAUUAUUUUAUGUGUGUGUGUGUGAGUACAUUAUGAAUAGAGCCCUAAUCUUUAAAAGGAGCAAAAAUCAGAAAAUCAUGUCUUAAAGGACUGUUUCCUAACUUUUUUAUGCUAAGUAGUACCCACAUGAUGAACAUGUAAAUAUUCAUUGAAGACCACGUGUAUAUAUUUUAAAGGCAUUUUUUUUUCUCCUCAGCUGUACGUAUAGCUAGAAUCUGCUUGCUAUGGACAUUUUUCUUCUGCAUGGAGCUUGGUGAGACAAAGCCAUUUGUCCUGUGUUUCAAUAGCCUAAAGCAUGUUUACCCUUUGUUUUUGGAAUGUUCCAGAAAUGGUUAAGUCAAGUAAUCAGGAAAAAGCUCUAAUUUUCUACUGUUGUUAGUUUUAUGACACUGGCCAAAUGAUGGUUUUAUUUCUUUGUGAAGCUAUUUUUUAAUUUAUGAUCAAUUUCUUUGACAUAAAAUGGUGUUUCACACAGCAUUGUACCAGAAGUCAUUCAGAUGGUGUUUACAAAAACCUUCUGACUGUCCCCCCACCUGUUUUUUCUUCAUUUUGCAUUGGAUAACAAAAAAGUAUUAAUAACUCAUGUCUCUACUCUUAAAUUUCCAUUUAAAAUUUUAUUUUUGGAAAAAAAACUUUUGAUCUUUGGUGGCUAGUUUGUGUGGCUUUGUGUCUUCUGAUAUUGGAGCAAAUGCAGGUUUCAAUAUAUAUUAUUGUAUUUUUAAAUAACCAGAAUCAAAAAGUGAAGAUCAUUUUCAAUUUGGAAUAAAUUCAGAAGAACAAAACCCCUUUGCGUGAUAUGAUGUGGGGAGAAGAAACUCUUUACAGAGAAGCUAAGGAAGGAAUUUUUUCAAUCAAAUCUCUUCUAUCAAAAGACAAUGGAAUAUUUACAUAAAGCAUCUGGGAUUCAUUUUCUAUCUUUCCUAAUAUGUGGGUUUAGUGGGGAAAUUGAUUAUGUCAUUUCUUCUGUAAAGGUGAAGACAGUUUUUAUAAGCAGCAAAGUACUUGUGAAUGAAAGAAGUAAUUUACUAGAAAUGCUUGUGGAUGAUAAUUGACAUUUAGGUAUAUCAUUAUAUAUGAAUGAUUGUAUUUAUGUAUUUAUUUGUCAGAAUUGUACAUACUCUUUCACCAAACGUAAUUGUCUGUAAAAGUGCACUCUUCAGGUUUGUAGGACUCCUUAGGGUUAUGUGGGUUGCCAAUCCAGCUGCUAAUCAGAAUACUAUUUUUUGUAUCAAUGUUAUAAAACUGAAAAAUGACAAAUAGAUGCAGAAAAUGUCUCUACUUUCAGUUUCUUCACCUUCCUUGUGAAAUGUAAACUGUCGAUUGGAAGCACGAUGCUAAUGUAUAAGCCCAUCUGUCAUGAGGAAGACUAUGGUUCCAUAAAGCUGAUUUUUUUAAACCUUUGGGACAAAUAAACAGAAGGAGAACAUAUUUUCCACUUUGCUUCUUUUCUGAAAGUGUCUUGGGUGAGAGUUGAUCACUGAAAUGAGCCGAUGUCCUGUCGUAUUUUAGCCUUCCCUACAACCUCAGUACAGGUGACAGUUCAAAUCAUUUGGAGCUUUUCCA